AUGACCAUGAGUCGCAGAAUCUUAGCUUGGCUGCUCAUGGUCGUCGUCUUCGUGGGUUCUUUCGCCGUCCCCGUCCGCUCCUCUCAAGAGGAUGGGAGGAGUGUUUGGGCCGCCGCCGCCUUCGUGACGGCGGGCAGCGACGACGACAGGGCCUACGGCCGCUACCGCGGAGGGAAGAUCUGGAACAGGCGCUCCUUGGGGGCAGCGAAGCCGAAGCUGCCGCCAGCACCGGUGUCGAACAGGAUGAAGGCCGCGGCGAUGCCUGGGCCACCAUCGUCGCCGACGGGAGCGUGA